AUGGCGAAAGAUACUUAUUUGAAGAAGAUUUUGGGUAACGACAGAUACAGCCGAGUCCGCCAGACUAAAAUUUUGAUGGUCGGGGCCGGUGGUAUCGGGUGUGAGCUUUUGAAAGAUUUGGUUUUGACUGGAUAUGGAGAAAUUCACAUAGUCGAUUUAGACACCAUUACCUUGUCGAACUUAAACCGUCAGUUCUUAUUCAGACACCAUGACAUCGAUAAGUCAAAAUCCUUGACCGUCGCCAAAGCGGUGGAUUCCUUCAACUACUUCGACACCAAGUUGGUUCCUCAUCAUGGUAAUAUCAUGGAUGCCAAACAGUUUCCCAUCACCUGGUGGAGCCAAUUUAGUUACAUAUUCAACGCCUUAGACAACCUUGAGGCCAGGAGAUACGUUAACAGAAUGUGUCUUUACUUGAAGACUCCAUUAAUGGAAAGUGGAACCACUGGGUUUGAUGGUCAAAUCCAGCCAAUUUACCCAUACUACAGUGAAUGCUUUGAUUGUCAAUCCAAGGUUACCCCUAAAACGUUUCCAGUUUGUACCAUCAGAUCCACGCCGUCCCAACCUGUGCAUUGUAUUACUUGGGCUAAAGAAUUUUUAUUCCAUCAGUUGUUUGAUGAGGUUGAUUCAUCUGCUGGUGGAUUGAAUGACGCCGCCAAAAUAAAGAGUGAGACAGACGACAAGGAUGAAAUCGAAAACAUGACAAAGGAGUUCAACGAGUUGGUGGACUUAAGAAAACUGAUCUUCAAUUCAGACGCAAGAACAUUCUUUACCGAGUUAGUUAAUAAGAUUUUCAAGGUAGAUGUCGAAAGAUUACUCCUAAUUGAAACGUUGUGGAAGUCCAGACAAAAGCCAGUUCCAUUGAUUAUUACGCAGUAUGAGCAAGACUUGAUACGCAUUUUGGACGAUCAAACUGAAUUGCAGAAAAUAUUUGGUGAUGAAACAAAGGUUUGGUCUACUUUGGAAAACUUGGUCAUUUUAUUCAAGGCUAGCGAAUCGCUUCAGCGGAGACUUCAAGGGGAGGAGUCAUUCCUCUCUUUCGACAAGGAUGAUGAGGAUACUCUCAACUUUGUAACAGCAUCCGCAAACUUGAGAUCUAUCAUUUUCAAUAUUGAGGUGAAGAGCAAAUUUGACAUCAAGCAGAUUGCAGGAAAUAUUAUUCCAGCAAUUGCUACCACGAAUGCAAUAAUAUCAGGAUUUUCCAGUUUGAGUGGUACCAAUUACUUCAAGUAUGAUUUCGAAGAAACUCAAGAUUUCUCUCGCAUCUAUCAAGAAUCUUCAUCUAUCUUCAUCAGUAUCAAGCCCAACAAGUACAUCACAUCAGCCUCACUUGUCGGCCCUAAUGAAAGGUGCCCAACCUCAUCAAUUGCUAGAGGUCUUCUUAAGCUUACGCCUGUGGAGGUAAAAGAACUUUCCUUGAAGUGGUUGGUGGACAAAUUGAUUGAACAGUACGACUAUGCAGAUGAAGCAGUUGCCUUGAUUUUGGGCAAGUCCAGAUUGAUCUACGAUGUCGAUUUUGACGAUAAUUUAGAGAAGAGGCUUGGUGAUCUCAGUGGAUUUACCGACGGUGAGCUCUUGAUGGUGCAAGAUGACGAUGGAGAGCUUGAGAGCAUAGAAUUAUACAUAUCGAUAGUGGAAGAUCAUGAAAGUGACUAUUUGCCACAAAUAAAAUUGGGACCCAAGAAAGCAAUUACGGAGGAGUCAAGCAACGGUAGCUCGGGGGCACCUGAUGUUGCAACUGACACCAUAGUUAUUGAUGAGGAGGACGAAGACUUGGUGGAAGUUACCGAACCAGUGGUGAAAAAGAGAAAGAUUGAAGUGGAGGUAUUAUAG